AACAGAACCGACACGCCGACAGUACAGCCACUGCCAGCGGACUGCUACAGCCCUCAGCACCGGACCCAGAGCCGCGCGUGCAGCCGCUGACUGAGGGGAAGCCAGGCCGCUGGACAGAUAAACAAAUCAUCGUCAUCAUCAGAGGCGCGCGGGGAUGAUAGGUGACCGCAUCAGAGAUGCUGCAGGAGAAGGCUUCAGCUGUGACGGAUGAUCGUGUGAGCCGGGUCCAGGCCGACGGCAAGACGGAUCUGUUUCCAGACCAGUCCCAACUUGGUGUGCCCACAGCUCCCAGCGCUCCCACCUCGGCUGGGCUUGACCAGAACAUUGAGAACAUUAAAGUCGUCCUUCAUGAGAGGGAGCUGUGGAAGAGGUUCCAUGAAGCUGGAACUGAGAUGAUCAUCACAAAAGCUGGAAGGAGGAUGUUUCCUAGCUACAAGGUUAAAGUGAGUGGCAUGAACCCCAAGACCAAAUACAUCCUUCUCAUUGACGUUGUCCCAGCUGAUGACCACCGCUACAAGUUCUGUGACAACAAGUGGAUGGUGGCUGGGAAGGCGGAGCCUGCCAUGCCAGGCAGACUCUACGUUCAUCCUGACUCCCCUGCUACAGGAGCUCAUUGGAUGAGGCAACUGGUGUCAUUUCAGAAGCUGAAAUUAACAAAUAAUCACCUGGACCCAUUUGGACAUAUCAUCCUUAACUCCAUGCAUAAGUACCAGCCCAGGCUUCACAUUGUCAAAGCUGAUGAAAACAACGCCUUUGGAUCAAAGAACACUGCCUACUGUUCUCACGUCUUCCAUGAGACGGCCUUCAUCUCAGUAACAUCUUAUCAGAAUCAUAAGAUCACUCAACUGAAGAUUGAAAACAACCCCUUUGCUAAAGGGUUCCGAGGCAGUGAAGAAGGAGACCUGCGUGCUUCCAGACUAGAGGGGAAAGAUUAUCCAGUCAUUUCUAAGAACAUGGUUCGUCAGAGGAUCAUCUCCUCACACAGCCACCUGGCAGGGAAGCUCCGGGCUGGAGUAUUGACCAGCCAUGCUCAGGUCCUGUCUUCUUAUCCGUAUGACACAGGAGUUUCUCUGUCAAACUUAGAAUCCCAGGAUUCUCUCUCCAAUCACUUUCCUCAGAGCAGAGAUCCCAGUCUAGUUUACCACUGCUUCAAACACAGAGAUAACAGCCGACACUUGGAGCUUGGACGCAAGCAACCAUAUCUGGAGUCGUCAUCGGUGAUGUCAGAGGAGCAUUUCUUCCGUUCUGCUCCCUCCUACGAGUCACCCUUGCUCCCUCGUCCCUACUGCGGCGAAGCCAUCACUGCCAGAGAAGCUUGCAUGUACAGCGGGAUGGAGGCCCAGCCCGGAGCGGGGCCGGGGGUGGCAGAGAAAGACGAGCGGACCAUCUCUCCUUCUGUUAACUGCAGCAUGUGGGCCCCCAUGCAGUCAUAUUCCCACUAUGGCGUGGAGGCCGUCCCGUACCAGCCCUUCACCUCUCACCACUUCUCCAAUGCCUCAGCCGUCCACCCCGUGCUGCCACAGCCCGCCUCAGCGAUGUUACCCCGUCCGCAGGCCGACCUGGGCGUCUACAAUUCAGCUGUGGUUCAGAGAGGUCUGCCGGUCAUACCGCAGUCAUCCUCCUCUUCGUCCUGCUCUCCAGUUCUCACUGGUUCCAGUGAUGUAAUAAGUCAUCAACCUUUGUACCACAAAAAGUCAGGCUCCCCACUCCAGCCUCUGAAAGAGUAUUCAGCGUGUUCUAGCCACAGAAUGAUGCCUAUCCGAGAUUCCUCCCAUCAGUACCAAGUGGGGCUAAGUAAUGCAGGAAGUCACUGGACCGACAGCUAAUGUGUGGAUAAACCCCUCUCUUCAUGUGAGACGUCAUGAAAAGUUUCUGAAAGCCCAGAACGGCUGAAGAUACUGAAGUACAAUGAUACUGAACAGCAGUCAUGGUCUCUGUUGAACUGUACUGCACAUCUGUAAUCUAUACAGCCUGUAUACUGAACUGUCAGUGCCCACCUCUCCACUUAUAUUGGUAUAUAACAGAUGCUGCAAAGACUGAAGAUGACUCUGAGACUCGAAUGCAAACUGUGUGUGUGAGGAGCACAAAGUGUCUAACACACACCCAGGUCACAACAACAAGCCAGGACGAGAUACACAAAAUAUGGAAGCAGGAAGAUGAAGAAAGCAUAGAAAGGGAAAAUGGUCAAUGAUAUUACUAUCAAUAUUUUCUGAGUUGCCUUUUAAAGUUGCGGUACGCAACUUGUAUAAAAAUAUUUUUAACAUAUUUGUUGAAAAAGUUGUGCCAUGUUGUGACAGUGUGCUGUGAGACAGAUCUGUGAAAUUUUUUUAGCUCCUCUGCCUUCUCCCAGAAACAACCAGUCAGACCUCAAAGGUAUCUUAGUUCUGCCAAUCAUCCUCUAUGUGGUGCUGCUCAUCCCUCCUUCUGUCUUUCCCCAUUGCUCACUGCUAUGCUGCAGCUAGCACAGCCUGUCCUUAAUGCUAAAACUAGUUAGCAUGGCCAGCCAUGACUGUGGAUGAUAUACUCUAUUAUUUAUUUAUUAGGCUUCUUGAUCUGGGACAUGAGUCCAAAUUUCAUACUACAAACAAGCAAAUGCUAGCUGGUAUGACAAUAAAUCAUCAUUGACUAAACGGUUUACCUGGAAUGAGAAAUUGUUUCUCCACCAUUAGCACAUUUAGCAGCAAGUACAUGGGAUCCAUUGAUAGCGCUAAGACCCUCCUCCUGGCUCUGAUAGGCUGUUUUGGUCGUGAGUGGUGCAUUUCUCCAGAAUGCACAACUGUAUUCUGGAGAAAAUGCAUCAGAUUGAUCUUUUCACAGACUAUCUGUCUCACUACAUACUGACACCACAUGGAGACAGUUUCAACAAAUAUGCAAAAAGCAUAUUUCUUAUAAAAGCUGGAUACUUCACCUUUAAUGCCACGAUAUGUUUUCCUAGAAUGCCUUGUUACAUAAUGCUGUUGUCAAGUUAUUGAAUAUAUUAUUGAGAAACACCUUAAGUAUUAAUGCCAUGACACCUGGAUGCGUUUAGUGAUACCAUGACAGGUGACUAUAAUACAGGGUUCCCAAGUAUUCCCAGUAUAAUUAUAUAUUUGCAGUUCUGAUAAAAUAAAAAUAAAAACAAUGCAUUAAUAAAUAAAGAAUAAUAAUGGCUUUGUUUUCAGGUUAAAAUGUGUCAGUUUGGAUUUUGGUAAUAAACUUAGUGCCUGUGAGAAACAUAGAAUAAUAACAUUUAAAUGGAUUUAAAAUAAUUAUAGAUUUUAAAUAUGAAAAGCUGUUGCAGACAGGUUGAUAUGUCACUGUUUCACAACUAACUGAAUGAUUGAUAAAGAUGCAGAAUCAACAUAUUUUUAUUUAGCUUGACCUCUGGACAUCUGAGCUUAGGUAAAGGACUACAUCCUCCAGGACUUCUCCAAAUGUGAUGCAGGAAGGAAAGAAAAGAUAAGGCCUUUCUUAUAUUAUAACUCUUAGAAAUUAGAAUCAGUGGGUCAAAGCAUUAAAUUAAUCAGCCAAACAAAAAUUCUGCAUCCAAAUCCAGAGUUUAUCAUUAUAACAAUUCAUUUGCUUGUCAUUCAGAGCAAAAGGAACUGAUAGGUUCCUCUCCUUUGUUUAUUUGGAAGACUAGCAGUCAAACACUCAGAACAUUAAAGUGGUGUUUCUAACCAAAUUUUAUAUAAAAAAGAAAAAGUAACUAUACAAAUAAAACUGUGUGCAUAAGCAGAGUAGUUUUGCACUUGUUAACAGCAUAUUUGUACAAGUUCAUGUCUCUUCCAGCAGUUUGAUUCUAACCAUUUAAUUUCCAGUCAGCUUUAUUUGGUGUUAUUUUCCUACUGGACUGAGCGUGGUGUGACUGUCACCACACAGCUCAGAUUCCUUCCCUAUUGCCAGAGGAUCCUGGCUGCUUAAGCCAUGUCAAACAUUUAAGGUCUAGGAAUUCCAGAUUGCACCUCUGAAAAAUGUUAGAAACGGAAAAUUCCUGAAUUUUUACAGAUACGUUCUUUACAACCUGGUGAUAUGCAUUCAGUAUUAUUGAAGUAAAAAAGAUUAUAACAGUCCUUUUCCCAACCUUUUCAUAUUCAUUCGCAGUAGUUUUAAAAAAAUAAAACUGGGAAACUAAAGUCAGUUUAAAUAAAGAGAGAAAAAUGUUUACACUGUUCUGCUCAUUUUUUUUCUUCUCUAACAAUAAAAAAAUACUCAACAACACUGUGAGAAUGUAGAAGAUGUGUAAAGAGUUAAAUUCAAACGUAAACCACACUUCCUGGUGUGGUUUAAGCGCAUGAGAGGUUAUUUCUGUCAUUUAAAAAUAAUUUCUUUGUGAUUCCUUGCACAAUCACAAAGCAUUUUUUAUAGUUUAGUACUAAUGUGAGUCAAAAUGUGAAUUAGAUUGCAAUUAAAAGUGAAGUUGUAAAAAGUCUGCUGAAAGGAGAGAAGUGACAGCAGAAUGGGAUGAUCAGAGCGCUGUGUGCUGCUUUACCUCCUGUUGGAUCAUGAGUUAUGCAGCCACCAGAUUCUGUUUUACAUCAGCACCUCUUCCUUUAUCUCCCUCUCAGCUGUUCAUGCAGUUCACAUGAAGGGAGUUCUGCUCUCAGAGCAAUCAACAAAUCAUCAACUGGCAAUCUUCAAAUGUGGAACCAGAUAAAAGAUCAGGGAUACCUGGGAUGAGUAAAGCACAGUUUCUUGCCAUGACCAACUUUACAUAAACACUCACACUGGGUUUUUGUUGUUGUUGGUGUAAAUCAUACUUCUAUUUAGUGUACAAAUUUCAGAAUAUUUUUCUGAGCAGUUAAAAUGAAAUUUCAUCCAUGUUUUAUGUCACAAUUCAGGCAAGAAUCACUUUAGAAAAAAAUUAAUCAGUCAUAGAAAAAAAUUAAGCAUCCUGGUU